CUAAUGUCAACUCUGGAAAUGCUGGACAUCUCAGCAAACCUUGAUACAACUAAACUAACUAACAAAAUCAAAGCCAUCGAGAAGAACGUCAGCGAAGUUAGUAAAGAGAGCUAUGCUAAAGCCAUUGCUGAAGAAAUUCAUGGAUUCAUCAUGAGUAUGAAUAAUUCCUUCCUAAAACAGUUCAUAAAUAAGGAACUGAUACUAGAAGAGAUCAAACAGACUAAAGACAUAAAAGAAGAAGACAUUAUUAUCAAAAAACUACAAGAAGCAUUUAACUCUUACCAAGAAGGUUUUAAAACCUUCUUUGAGCACCAAAAAUCCACUCAAAAAUAAAAUCUCCAAGCUCCACCAAAAACUCGAAGGCUGCGAGACAGAUAUUGCCAAAUAAAGUCCACAGAAGAGAAUUCGACAAUCUCUUCGAAGAAAAGACCAUGAAGUUCAAAGUCAAGAUCAAGUCAAGAAUGUCUAAUGUAGAAGAGCACUUGCAACAAGUUGAGAAAAAGAAUGCAGACCAUUCUUCAGAAGUUAAUAAGGCUAUAUACAAGAUCGAAGAGGAUACUAUAAAGAAACUUAUAAGAAUCGAAAGUCAGCUUAAGAGCAAAAUGGAGAUUAAUAGCGUUUAUGACCAUGUACAGUAUGAAAUUGAAGCUGUUAAGGAGAAUUAUCUUAAGCUGAUAGAUGACAUGGGGACUAGGAUUGAUAAUAAGAUGAGGAAGAUUAAUACAAAGUGUCUUGAAAUGGAAAUUAAGGACAACCAGAUGACAUCAAGUCUUUCAAAUCUUAGUAAUCAGAUAUUUGCUCUUGAACAUGAUCUUAAGGACCAGAAAGUUGAUAUAUUAGAACAAGUAGCUCAAAUGAUAGAAGAAAAACUUGAAGCGAAAACUCAGCAAAUUUCUGAUGCCAAGAAAGAAACUGAUCAGAAAGUAGAAGAAAGAUUUAAAGAAAAUGACGCAGAAAUAAAAAGACUUGAUGAAGAAAUAAAGGAAUAUUUUACAAAGCCGAUAUCAAAAGCAUUAAACAAUACAGGUAUUGAAAUACUUGCUUCAGCAAGAGGUCCUACAGAGUCUAUUAACUUAAGUCAUUACGAUAUUGACGAAAUAAAAUAAUCGAUUUAAAAGACUUCAAUAUGAUACCAACAGAAGUAUCAACAGUAUCAGAGAGGAAGUGAAAGACACAAUAGAAGAGAAAUUAAUGCAGAUUCAAUUCGAUUUCCUUGCCACAAAGAAAGAGAAAGCCCAUGGGGUUCAGAAUUAAAAAUAAUCCACUCAGAAAUAAAACUUUCUCAACAGAUAGUGGAAUAAUGAUGCCUGGCUAUAACUCAAAGCAAUUAGAAGAGCUGCAGAAAAGUUUCAAAGAUUUUCAGGAAAGGAUGGAGAAGAAAAUCAAUAGUCUUAAAUCAGAACUUAAUUUUCAAUCUCUUCAUACUCUUAUCAAAUCAAGAGUAACUAAAGAGGAAUUUGACCAUCAGUUUUCAAAAAUGCUUGAGAAAUUUAAAGAUGCUAAACAAGUUUAUAUAAAAUCCUCAAAAGAGGUCGAAAAAGUGACAAACUGGAUAAUGACUCUUUCAAAAGCAACUUCCAAUCUCGAGAAAAUAGUCCAAAGAAGCACUCCUCUUGCUCUAAACAAAGAGCUAGACGCCAGAUGUCUCUCCUGUGGCCAAGAAACAAAAUCCACAAAGUCCAAACCCAUCAUCGAAACCCCUACGCAACCUCCCUCAAAUCCCACUCAGAACCUCCUCAACUCCGACUUCCCAAACCCCUACUCCAAAAUCACUCGAAACCCCCCAUCCAGAAACCCAGCUCUCUUCGGCUCAGCCACGCCUAAGCUCCGAGCACGAGCUUUCGCGAAGCGAAACCUCCUGCGGUCAGCAGACCCUUACCGAAGAAAGCUCAAGUCGAAGAUGAGCAACUACGUGCAGGUCAAUUCUUCAAUGAACCAAUAAUUCUCC